AUGCGCCUCACCUCAGUACGACAUUUACCAGCGACGCGACGAGACAGCUAUCGCCAACCAGUAACUACAUCCGCGUUCAUAAAAAUUUUCAACGCGCACGCUUCAAAACUAUUUCCCCAAUUCGUAUCAUUAAUCAAAUCACAUGUUAUGCAAAUGAAGUGCCAAAACGUUCAGCGUCACCGCCGCCGCGGACGACAAAAUCAAGAAGUGGAAGUGUCAACACCAACAGCCGUCGUGCAACGAUCACUGCCAACAUUUAUAGACACCGCUGCCACCAAAAACACCGUCCGCACUGUCCGCAUCACCACCACCACCGCCGCAACUAUUUGUUGCUGCAUUUGGCUGUUGUUGCUCGUCUACGCACCCGCCCCCAUCCAGACGCGUCGUCUGCAACGCUGCGAACUCGCCGGCCAAUUGUACAUUUUGGACGUGCCGAAAUCGGAGCUGUCGCUGUGGCUGUGCAUUGCCCAUUACGAGAGUCGCUACAACACGCAUGUGGUGGGCAAUCGCAAUGCGGACGGCUCCGGCGACUAUGGACUCUUUCAGAUCAGCAGUCGCUAUUGGUGUCAACCGGAUAAUAGCACCAAAUACUAUGCGUUCAAUGAGUGCAAUGUCAAUUGCAGUAACUUGUUGUUGGAUGACAUAACCGAGGCAGUGGUGUGCGCCAGGACUAUACAGCGACGUCAGGGUUGGAGCGCUUGGAGCGUAUAUUCGGUGUAUUGCAAUCGUACGCUCAACGAAGUGGAUGAUUGUUUUGAUGGCGAAUCGGAUGAGGCGAGAGUGGAUGACAGGGUUGGGGUAUAAAAGAGUGUAAAAGUGUUCUAAGAAGUUAUAGUAUGUGAAUUCACCCUAUGUGUUCUGGGUAUAUACAAAUAAAAUAUUAAGAUUUGCAUCUCUCAUUG